AUGACAUUUCGGAAUUGUUUAAACAACAGUGAUACUAAUUCUACUGUGUGUGCCUUACCGGAAGUUAAAAGAGGAAUAUGGACUCCCGACGUCAUACAGAGAGUUGUGACAUUAGGUGUUAUAAUGACCUUGACAUUUAUUGGAAAUAUGGUUAUUAUAAUUAUUUUAACGAAGACAAGACAGCGAAAGAGAAACAGUCGAGUGAAUCUUUUCAUCAUAAACCUAGCCAUUGGUGAUCUUGCGGUGUGUUGUAUAACUAUGACAACAGAGCUUCUGUUUGUUGUGUUUGGAGAAUGGAUACUUGGUAACGUGGCAUGUAAAUUAUUAACUUAUUCACAAGUGGUGACGUUAUCUAGCACUACAUUUAUACUGACUUCUAUGAGUAUAGACAGAUAUAUGGCUUUGUGCUGUCCUUUACGGUUUUACGCCGGAAAAUCUAAAGCUAGAACAAAACGAAUGAUACUUGUUUCUUGGAUAUUGUCCUUUGUGUUUUCUAUUCCACAACUUUUAAUAUUUCACCAAACUGUUGAAGCUAGUUUCCCGGAUGGAAGCGUUCGUUAUGGUUGUCGUAGUCUUGGUUACACUGCUCAAUGGCAACGGAAGUUGUACAUAUCAUUUAUGACAUCCUAUAUUUUGAUUAUUCCCUCUGUUAUAAUAUCUUUUUGCUAUAUCAAAGUGGUCAUGUGUGUUUGGAGACAAAGUUUUGAGACAACGCUAAAGAACAUUCCGGCUUGUAGAAAAACUGUAGUAAACACUGCUAGCAUAUCAAAAGCUAAAAUAAAAACAGUCAAAAUGACAUUAACAAUAAUUACAAUAUUCGUUAUUUGUUGGACACCAUACUUUGUGACUACAUUAAUUCGCAUCUAUAGUGAUUACAAAUACAGGAUUCCAAAGACAGUCAUGGUAUUUUCAGAAACCAUUGCCUUACUGCAAAGUGCACUUAACCCUAUUUUGUAUGGAUUCUUUAACAUUAAAUUCAAAAGAGGUAUAUUAGAAAUAUGUUGUCCGUGGACUAAGAUUCGUUUUCCAACACCGACACGCCAUACUUGUGUCACUGAAAUAACAAAUUAUACGGAUAUGUGUACAUUUGGAGGUGUUCACUACAGUAAUAGUGGGUUGUCUUCAAGAAAGUUGUAUGUAUCAAAUUCUAAUUCAGGGCUAUCAGAAGAAAGCAGAACACGUGACGACACGUUGUAUUCGGACAAUGAGGACAGCAAAUUUCUGAUGCUUACACCACAACGUAUCCGACGUAACAAUAGGCCAAGAGCAGCAGAUUUGGCUAUCAUGUGAUUGAAAAUUAUUUUGACUGCGCACAUAUUUUUGUGACAGCUGCUUGUUAAUUAAUUCUUUUCUCGGGAACUUUUUUUUAACAAUUAAUAUUAUGUUUUUGAUUCGUUGAGUUAUUGUUUCAAUGACGUAAAUGCAUACCUCAAAUUUGCUUUUAUUUAUAUUAUUACGUAUUUCAAAAUUAUGACAUAACAGUAAUGAGAAAUAUCUUCAAAGUCAUGAGAAAACGAAACUGCAUUCAGUAACAUUGAUAACUACAAUAAAAGUGCUAAUAAAAUGUAAUUGUAUUUUAACAUAGAUGUGUAUCAGUGCAAUUAA